AUAAUUAAACUGCAUUAGUUAGAAAAGUCUGUGAGGAUAAGUAUUGAUUGUUGCUUUAAACUUGCAAUAUAAUUACACAGGUCACACAUUUCAAGGAUUUCUGCACAGCUUAUUAUGUUAGAGCUGUCCUUGUGUGGAAGUUGCUACUAUGAACUCUCCUGGGAAACUUUGCUUCUUUAAAUGAUUAACCCACUGAGGAAGUGUCUGCAGGGUCCGUGGCUCGGUUACCCCCAGCAGACUUGCAGUUAUUUUGGAAACUCAUCUCUCUCACCACUGAUGUGUUGACUUUCCCCCUCUCGGAGCGGUCAAACACUUGUGACGGAUGGCUCAGUGAUGAUCUGUGGACCUGGACAUUCCUUCCCUGUCAGGAAACAAGAAGCUUUGUUUGAGUAAAUCAGAUUUGCCUGAGAAGACAGAGGGAGGGGGGGAGACAAAGGACGUCACCGGAGAGGAGCUCAGAUCGGCCUCGGCGAUUGUGGCUGCUGCACCAAGAUCUGAGUCUAAAGAACUGGAAACACUCACCAAUCUAGUUUAAAUCUGGAUUUGAAAUCCAACAGGAAAAUAUGAAGCAGUGUCUGGUGUUGGGAAGAAUUUAAAGUUAUCAAUAUGGAUAUUUUUAAAAGCAAGAAAAACCCAUGGGUACUUUAUGAGACAGAAGUGCCACACAGUAGGUUCUGUGAUCCAGCCUGUGGAGUCAGUCCUGCAGAGAAAUUGACCCCCGAUCACCUGCAGCUCCUGAGAAAUGCAUUUAGCCAUCCAAAAGCUGGAGCCCAGAUACAUGAAAACAGGCCGAAAGGAAGGAGUGGAAAGAACGGAGGAGGACAUGAAGAGAGUGGACUGAAGUUGGGAGAGUUUCAUGAGGUUCUUCGGUCCGUGGUUGGUCCAGAUGUUGAGGACGAGUGGGUUGAGAGGUUCUUCAGUGAGGUAGAUAUCAGCUGUACCGGGCAGGUGAAGUGGCAGCAGCUUUGCUCCUACCUGCUCCUGGAGUACACUGAGAGAGAGCGCGCCUCCAUCCCCAGAGCUGCUCUCCUGGACACUCAGCCACAGAUUAGACACUGCUCGCAUAACAAGCGGGAGCCAACAGUGCGCGUGGUUGCCGUUUCCAACCCUCCUCCGCUCCGAUACAUUAGUGUCAGUAAGGGAGGUCAGGUCACUGUCUGGAGCAGCUGCCUACACAUCCUCAAAACUCUGGUGCUGGCUGGAGACCCAACAGAGGAAGUGGCCCACACGAGGAGGUUCAGAGGCUGGACCACUGACGCCGUCUAUAUGGGCAACGCCAACAGGGUUGCCAUUGCAACCGACUGCAGGGACUUGCACUUUGUGAAUGUCUCCAUGGGCAACAGCGUAUAUGAAGACAUCCACCUGUUUGGUUUUCGCAGCGUCCCGACUGCUCUUUGUUACUGGCAUGAUGUUCAGUGUCCAGAGAGACCCUCUCUGCUGCUACUGGGGGAUGAGAAAGGAGGAGUCCACCUCAUGUGGUUCCUGAAUCCAUCUAAAGGUCUUUUCAAGAAUCUGUCUAAGGCAGAGAACGGCCCACAGAGGAUCUUUUUCCCGGACCUCAUCAAAGACAGCAACACUGUCUCAUACCGUCACAUCCCCAACAUCCACCAGGAAGCCAUCAACAGAGUGAUGUUUGAGCCCGGCAGCAACGUCAUCAUGACAUCAUCAGAGAGUGACACCACCUCUGUGGUCUUUGUGAACGUGACCCUGAAGCAGGAGCCGUACAUUUGGAAAUUUAAGCAGGGAGCUAAGUGUUUUGACUACAAUGCGUCUCUGCAGUUGUUGGUCACAGGAGGUUGUGACCGAGCCGUCAGACUGUGGACUCGGUUUGUGACCACACGUCCCGUAGCGACGCUGCUGGGUCACCGCACCACUCUGCUGGAUGUUGCAAUUUACCAACCUGUCGGGCAGAUCUUCAGCUACUCCAGAGAUGCUGAGCUGAGAGUUUGGGACAUUUCCAGCCAACACUGUCUGAAAACAAUCCACCUGCAGUUCCCGUGCCAGCAGCCAGGUCGAAUCCCAACACACGGUAACUUCCCCUUCCUGCUGCUGAGCUGUCCUCUUCCUGAGCAAACAGCCUGUCAUUUAAUGGUGGGAUGCAAAGACUACCUUGCAGUGCUCAACCUGGCUGAAACGAGAAGAGGAGGGGGCGGUUGGUUGACAGAUGAAGAAAGGGAACCUGGACCGAAUAUUCAAAGUGGUCCUGCCCUCUCCUGCGCUCUGUACAACCCGACUCUGAGAGAGGUGGCGACCGGACACGUGGACUCGUCCUUGUCUCUGUGGGACGUAGAAACCGGGAGGAGGCGGCUUCAGAUCCUAAACGCUCAUGGGGAAGACGAGCUCACCUGCAUGGCACUAGACUCCUCCCACAGACGACUGAUCACUGGGGCUCGCAAUGGCACUAUUAAGGUGUGGAACUUACUAAAUGGCCUUAACUUGCACAAACUGGAGCCCGUCACCAACUCCGAGGUCACCGGGUUGACCUGUCUCCAUGACAACCAGCUGCUGGCUGUGGGGUGGAGCCAGCAGGUCACACAGUACGACAUCGCUGCUGCAAAGGAUUUGUACGUAAGGGCGGACAUGUCAUGGAAGUCCAGCGGUGUCCACAAAUCAGACAUCGUGGCUGUGUGUCAGUGCUCUGCUCUGGGGGUUGUUGCCACAGCGAGCCAUGACGGAGAGGUCAUUAUCUGGAGACUGGAGACACAAGGACCAGUACUUCACCUUCAGAGAUCGACACAGAGAGGAGCGCUGCCCCCUGUGGACAGUCUCUUGUUCCUGCAGCAUCGGGCUGGCAACAGAAAGUUGAGAAACAGAGCUGUCCUGCUUUCAUCGCAGGCCGGCUGUCUCUGCUUUUGGAGCAUCACUGGACAGACGCAUACUUAUGGCCAGUUCUAUGCUCCAGAGCAGCCAGGUGAGCGUGUGCUGAGCCUGACCUCAGAUCAGACUAAAAACACCAUGCUAGUCUCUGGAGACACAACUGGCCGGCUGCAGAUCUGGGACACCAGUGAAUAUGCACUGGACAUCCAACACAAACCAGUUUGUGAGCGGCCUCCCCUGCUGCGGUGCUGGAAGGCUCAUGAGAGAGCGUUAGUAAGUGUGGAUGUCCUCGAGGUGGCUGACAGAUUGUUCGUCCUCACAGCUUCAGCUGACGGCUCUGCUGGACUGUGGACGAAGGACGGAGAUCAUGUGGGUUCUUUCGGGCAGGAAGUGAUUUGGGAUAUAACUGAGCCAGCUACUUACAAGAGGAGGACACGAGAGAAACUGACAGGAGACAUGAGGGAGAGGACUGAAGGUGACCAAGCGGGGCUCAACAAGGUCCAAAGUCAAGUACCUGAUCCCGCCCACAGGGGUCAAACUUCACAGGAAGACUGCUGUUCUGACCGUCAUCAUUCAGUGCAAACAGGCUUUUCCACCAGCCCAGCAGAGAAUGGGCAACCUCAGCAACCCAUGCAUCUGUGUGAAGACUUUUGCCAGACGGUAGCUUCGUGUCAAGAGAGGAGACAUCUGUUUGAUGACAUCCAAUACUGCAAUCACUGUUGAUUGGCUGUUUUCGCCUCAUCAGACUCGGGUCCUGCAGGAGAUGCCUGCACUGAGGAUUUACCCAUAAUCCCCUGGGUUAUGUAUAGGACUCAGUUCACAGCUUGUGCAAAGAAAAGUGAGCUCCCUACCUGUCCAGUCAGAUAUAUGAAGAUGCAAACAUGAGUGCUGUUUUUCUGCCAUCUUGUUUCAUAAAGUCAUCUUGAAAACUGCAAA